UAAAAAAUUACCGUGUAUCCACGGUAAAAAUUACCGUGUAUCCAAGGUAAAAAAAUUACCGUAGAACCACGUAGAAAUUUACUGUGGAUCCACGGCAAUUUCUGAAGAUUUUUGCUUGACGAAGAAGAUGUUUGAUUUCCGAAGUGCGCGAAGAACCACCUUUUUAAUGUAGAUGUGCGGUAAAUGAUAUUUUUUUUUUAAACGACUUCAAAGAAAACUAAGAGGUUAUCUAUUCGACAUGUACAUAUGUCGUAUGUGUGUAUGUAUGUAUAUUUGUUAAUUGUAUAUGUAUGACAUAAACAAGAACACUAAUCAGAGAAGAGACGGAGAUUACGAGCUUGCCCAUUCAGAUAACAUACUCAGAAAGCGUUUUAAAGAAAUUCUCGAUGCGAAAUUAACAUAUGAUAACAUUAUAACAAGGCACAGACCUCUGUCUACUUUAACUGAGCCAACCCAGAACCCAGAGAUACCGAUCGAUUUAACUCGCCAAUUCCCGAAUAGCAGCACUGAUUCAGCUCAUAACCGUUUGCCGGAAAAGGUCGUCCUGGAAGAAGAAAAUCCCAAAACCCCACCUUCCGCUGCUGACCACAAAGAAACGCCUUUGGUGAUGCCAUCUUUACAGCUUCAAACUUGUAGCAAGAUUAACGAGGCGACAAUUGAUACUCUUUUUGGAAUAAAAGAUGUUUGUAAUGUCGGAAAGCCUAGAGGAGCCCCCAAAGGCCGAAGGACCACAGUGGCUGGGAUACCGCUCCCAAAGGAAGAAGGGAACAAACGAUUGCUACAACAGCAUCAACGCGCUGGAGGCAGAGAGGUGGCUAGAGGUCAACGAGCGUCCAGGGGUAGAAGUCGUGGGGCAACUCAAAGUUGGGGCCCAAAAAAAUUGGACGACGACAAAGUUGGUGGAGUAGCCUUUGAUACAAAAAAUAAUGACACCAAACUUGAGAUGAUGCUGAAAUGGCUACUGAUGUCAAAUUAUGUGAAAGGGCGAGAUUUCACGUCUUCAAAAAUCAAAAGCAGCGAAAUCGACACUGCCAAUUUGAACGAUUCUUUCAUUGAUACCCGAGGCGAUCAUCUAAAACUUUUAAUGCCGUGCAUGGCGAAAGAUACAUUUGAAACAUUUUUGGUUACUCUUGGAAUGAAAAGAGCUAAAGAUGAUUACAAAUGUGCUGUAUGUGGAGGAAAACAUCAUCAGUCGUGUAAAAAUGUUAUACGUUGUGACGGAUGUUACCUAUGGCAUCAUUGGGUGUGUGUGGAGAUAAAGAGGAAGCCGGUUGGCGAUUGGUUCUGUGCCUUGUGCUCUAUGGAAAAAUAGGAAAAUACAGCAACAACGCGCAGUAGUUACUUAUCGACAGUAAGAUAUCAUGGUUUGUUUAAUCAUACACAAAAUAAUUUAAUCAUACGGAAAAUAAUCAUUAUUUGUUAAAUUUUAACCAGAAAAUCAAAAGUUGUAAUCGUCGUAAAACAGUUUUAUCUAUACUGACGUAUUUCUAUUCGUACCUUCUACUGUA